CUUUUGAAUGCACCAUGACAAAGGAUUUGCAGAAAACACAAGAUUGUAAGAAAACAGGUUGAAAAUGGGUAAAAUCAUAUUAUGAAUCCGUCAUUGUUGCUGUGCUGUUUGGUGCUCUGUUUAGCCUGCUGUGUAUCAGUACACACACACAUGCUUAUGGAGGACAAACAAAACUCCAAUCAAACAACCAUCAGCGAACAUCUAAAAAACCAAACAGAUACACCACCAGUGCUUAUUGUGGGGCUGUCAAAAACACCUAAGAAGAAUAAGAAAUCAGAAAAGAAACCAAAAAAGAACAAAUACAGCAGCCGCGUAAAGAAGCCUCCGCCCCCGCCGAACUGCGUCCCGCUGUGGGGAAGCUGCAAAGGUCCGAGCGCGGUGUGCUGCGAGCCGUGCGCCUUCUGCCACUGCCGCCUCUUCAAGACCGUCUGCUACUGCCGCAUGGGAUACCCCAAAUGCUGAGAACUGCCCUCAUGGGAUAACAUACGAUUCCCUUCCAUAACGAAUAGAAAAACUGUGGAUUAUGACAAAGGAUUAACCGCGCACUAAUAUAAUAUAAUCGCUAAAGUAAUUUAGCGAUAUAUUAAUCCUUCCUGAAAAAAAGCAAUCAGAGAAAUUCUAAUGGUUUUAAAGUGUGGUGGGGUGGACCUGUCGAAUGGAAACCGGUAAAACAUCAUUAAAUCCUACUGGAAUAAGGCCCCCAAACACAGUCGCUGUAUAAAGGGUGCUAAUGCUUCAUAAUGUUUUUUGUAAACCUGUAGAAUAUGCGGCCUAUUGUUUUCUUCAUCAGGGUCUGGUUUUCUUCAAAUCUCGUUGCAGGAUAUUCUAAAGCGCUGGGAAAGAUAACUUAUAAAAGUGCACAAAACCAGCUUUACGAUAUUUUAAAUGUCUUUAAAACAUAUCAAUGACAGUUUUGUAUAUAAUGGAAGCAUUUAAGAGUGAAUGUUAAUGUUUGCAUGAGCACUUUUCCGUGUUGUGAGCACUACAUAAAGUUAUGUAAACGCGCCCAUUCGACCUCUGUAUUUAAGCUGCUAUAUGAGACAAGGGCACCAUGGCAACCAUAGUUUGCCAAUAACAGAGAUGUGGUUACGAAGAAUUAUUACUGCAACAAAACCACGCAAUAUAAUAUAAAAACAAUAAAACGUAAAAAAAAUAACGUGUAUGAGAUGCUAAAUAAUUUCAACAAUAUUCCACUUCCGUUUCGCGCUUCAUAUUGUUAAGUCAUAGCUGCAUAAGCAUGCUGAUAGCUAUAGUAUACAUUUAAAUAAAAAAUACACGUUUAACCUAAAUAUUUCCAACGGUGGAGUUAUUUGCUAAAGUUAAUUUCUGCAUACUGUUUGUAAAAGCUACAAAACAAGCUAUUGAAAAAAAAAAAGACGCACGUUAACCUUGGGGCAUGUUGUCACAUAGGGAGUCAUUGAGAGCAGCCAGCUUUAAAUGGUAACAAACAACCAUGUUUGGGGUAAGAAAAUUGUAAUAAAUAAUGUAAAACAUUAAUAAAUAAUAAACUAGUUAGUUAAAAUAUUGUUUCCAUUGAAAUUGUAUUUACUUGUUUACCCAUAGGCUACUACAAAUUUUGUUUUGAUUGAAUAUAUGAGUUUUUCUUAAUUUUAUCCUAUAGUUUUUAAAACCAAACAAAUAUUUGUUUUAUUGAAAUCGAGUAAAAACUAUACUAAUAAAAAUGUUACUCAAUGCAAAUAGUAUAUUGAAUUUUGCAGGUUUAGAUGAUGGAAUGGUGUUUUUACUUAAAAUCUUUUACGGUUUAUCAGACCAAAACAGAAAUACUGAAAAAUGCUGAAGCUGUGAAAACUAAAAUAAACAUCCCUGUCUUUUGAAAGUUUUUUUUCCACUCAAGGGUCUUUUUCACAAGAACCAGCCAAUUACUGAUUCCCAGCCAAUAAAUAAGAUUAUUCUAACAUUAUUUAGUCAACGUCUUUAGAUGGUAAGAGUAAGACAAGCAAAAAGAUGACCAGAUGACUUACAAGAAUAUUUUAGAUAGCAAUUUUUCUGUUUUUGCACCCACACAAAAAAAUAGGUGUUGUCCAUUAGGCAGAAUCAGCCCAGAUUCUUAACACAUUUUGCCUUAAAAGCAAUCGAUUAUGCAAAGCAAGAUCAAAGCAUAAGGACACCAGUUCCGCACACCUCCAACAAUUAAAUUAAGUGACAUGUAAACAUGGACCAGGUCGGUCCAGCACAGGUAAUAAAACACGCAUUCAAAAGCACACGCAAACAGACUUCACAAGCCGCAGCUGGUUCAUAUUGAAGAGAAAAGGGUGGAAGCAAAAGCAAAGAGAAAACUCCAAAAGAUAGACCCUUGUUAUGACUCACAAGGGACACAUCCAGCCAUUUUAGAGGUCCAGAGCAUCUAAUGGUGUACAGACUAAUCCUUUCCUCCAUGAGCACUAACUACGCGAUUUUACAGUUUCUAACUAAGGACCAAAUGAGAUUGGAGCCAUGUGUCGGCAUGGCAGCUUGAAUUAUUCAGUAAAAUGUUAUUGAUCUACAAAUUAAACCAUUCAAAAAACAGUUCUGCUACAUUAGUUGCUCAAUAUAGUAUCGGUUUCAUAUCAAACACACUGACUUUACAGUUUGGGCCUGGCCGUGAUGGAGCUUUUGCUAUUUUUCAUAGCUUCUCUCGAACACUGCGUCUUAAGAACACGUGCCAAGACAUGGUUUCUCUCUGGUUAGGAUUCUGUCAAGUGAAUUGUUUUUAUCAAGGAAUCCUAGUGGAACACGAGCAGAAUGGUUGUAAUUAUAGUUUCGUUGGCUUGCGAUACCAUGACUAUUCAUGGGAAAUGUCAUAAAAAGGCAAGAUUCUUGAAAUCGUACCAUACGGUGAUUUAAGCUCUGAUGGAGAUGUUUUCAAACAGUACAUCAGAACUGGAACAUGAUGCUAGGAUCUGAACCUUAAAAAGUAAACGCGUCUCUAAACUGACACGAUCUGCAUUUUCACGAAGUAAAAAACAUC